GAAGAAACACCAAGGUAGGUUGCCUAGUGAUCCUGAGGAAGCUGAUGUGUUAUUCCUUCUCUGCAUCGAAGGAUCAGGAAGUUUGUUCUCUCUGCGUGGCUGAGAAGUUUUUCACCUACUCGGACGGGGGUGGGGGGUGGGGGUGGGGACAGGUGUCCCCCUGAAAUAGAGCGCAAGCUGCAGCCUGAGUUUGGCCGUAACCCAGGAAGUAACGUCAGAGACAGGUAAGAAUGACCACUUUAACUCACCGGGCCCGUCGUACAGAAGUAGGGAAGAACUCUGAAAAGAAGGUGGAAAGUGAGGAAGACGCUAAUCAAGACAGAAGUCAAGACAAUGAGGACACUGAAGACUCUAAGGAUAUCCGCCUCACGCUUAUGGAAGAAGUAUUGCUCCUGGGACUAAAAGAUAAAGAGGGUUACACAUCUUUCUGGAAUGACUGCAUAUCAUCUGGCCUGCGAGGGGGCAUCCUGAUAGAGCUGGCCAUGCGAGGUCGAAUCUAUCUAGAACCCCCCACCAUGCGUAAGAAGCGACUACUAGACAGAAAGGUACUACUAAAGUCAGACAGCCCAACGGGUGAUGUUUUACUGGAUGAAACUCUCAAACACAUCAAAGCAACUGAACCCACAGAAACUGUCCAAACAUGGAUAGAGCUACUCACUGGUGAGACCUGGAACCCUUUCAAAUUACAGUACCAGCUGAGAAAUGUAAGAGAGAGAAUUGCAAAGAACCUAGUAGAGAAGGGUAUUCUAACCACUGAGAAGCAGAAUUUCCUCCUAUUUGACAUGACUACUCACCCAGUGACCAAUACAACAGAGAAGCAGCGACUAGUGAAAAAGCUUCAAGACAGUGUCCUAGAGCGGUGGGUAAAUGACCCUCAGCGUAUGGACAAGCGAACACUAGCACUACUGGUGCUAGCCCACUCCUCUGACGUGCUAGAGAAUGUCUUCUCCUCUCUGACAGAUGACAAGUAUGAUGUGGCAAUGAAUCGGGCCAAGGACCUAGUGGAACUGGACCCUGAGGUAGAGGGGACAAAGCACAGUGCCACAGAGAUGAUCUGGGCUGUGCUGGCAGCCUUCAAUAAAUCCUAAAGCCAGCAGGUGGGUUUCUCCUUUUCCCUUGCUGGCCAGUGACUGUCAGAGACACCAUCACCAAGCUUUGUGUGAUGAGAUGUUUUCCAUCAUGUUUUUUCCUUCUCUUGAAUCGAACUCGUUAUUUGGGGAGAGCAACUUCAAGGCUCCUGUAUAGACCUUGACUAUUAUAAGCAGACUUUAUUUUUCCCUGUACUUCCACUCCAGAGGUGAAUAAACUGGGUGAACCAACACACACCCAAUAAAUAAACAUUUUCUCUCAUUUCUUGGUUUACUUCCAUCUAGUGUGCUUUUGCAUUAGCAGGAACAUCUAAGUGAGAUUUGGAUUUCUCUAGCCACAGAAUGUGAAUGAGAUGUAGAGCAAACCAUUUAUCAUAUUUUUAAAUUUUUAUUUUCCAUUUUAAAUAUAUGUUUUCAGUCUGUCUCUCAGGCUCUGCUAAGUAAUGUAGCUUGUUGAAGUAACCAUCUCUUUGAAUAAGGGGCAAUGGAAACAAAACUAAUUUUUGGAGCAUAUGGUCUCUGGGAUAUAAAUGCAUGUCCCGCUAGUGGUUUUCUCAUUUUCCCUUUUCUAACCUAAUGAGAAUAUUCCAAAUGUGAUUACCUGGUUCUCACAGUCCUAGAACCAGAAAUAUAUUCUCUACUCUCUCUCAGCAUUAUCCUACUCCAUCAUUCAUUAGAACAGAAGUCUAAAUGAAAAAAAUGUCUCUCUCAACCACCUCCUUCAAGCAGUCAGCAAUACAAUUUGCAAAGGGAGGUGGCAUCAGAAUUUCCACUCUUUAGCACAUGACUAUCCUGAUUCCUCCAGACUACUUUAAAUGUCCCUACUCUGAUUGAAUUUAGGGAGUUGUAAAUUUCAAUUGCCCAAUAGCAGCAUCCUGAGUCCAGACAAUGUAUCUAAACUCUAGAUGAUCUUGUUCCCUAUUUUGGCUUCCUACAUAAAUUGAUAGAUUCUGUCUAUAUUUAAGGGUUCUGGAGGUAGUUUUAUCUAUAUUUAAUCCACAGAUACCCUUCCAGUCAUUACUCUUGUCUCAACACAACCAUCUGUCUAACCAAAUCGCUAAAACAUUUUUUAAUUCAGUAGUGAAUGCAAACAGAAGCUUAUUAAGAAAAAUCCUGUUUAGAAGGGCAACUUGAUCUUAAAAGCAUCCUGAUAUAAAGUCCAGUAUUUGGGAAUAUAAAGAGGACAGGCACCAAACUGUGCUAAUGUCAAGCAUUUGUUAUGCUGAUACUUUUAAUGGAUCUUGCCUCUUGACAACUACAGAGAAACCGGCUAUCAAAGGGCUAAUACAGAUGAUCCAGACCUGAUAUCAAAUCUUCCUGAUCAGAAGUAAUUAAAUGAAUGAUUGUAACUUUCAUCUUCUCCCCUAAACCUGUCUAGCUCCACAAAAUUCCCCAACUCAAUUAACUUUCUUUUUUCACUUUAGGUAUCACUUAGGUGACUAGAGAUAUAAAUUUUAAAGUGAAACAAAUUCUUAAAUGUGAAGCUGAGUAGAGCUUCAGUCUGGCUCUCUAAAAGUAUAAAAACCAGUCCCUGGUUGUCUCUCCCUGACUUAAUUUUUUCUUUCCAUUUGAAAACAGUUCGGCAUGAAUUGAAACCAGGUUUUCCUGUGGAAAGUUUCAGCUUGAUUGGGAGAGUAGAAGUUGAGUUCUUUCUAGCAACUCUUGGUCAGUGUUAUUUUUAUAUUGUAUCUCAAUAAGAUGACGAUGUCUUCAGUUUGAAUCUGCAUAAUGUUCAUUGCAAAACACCUUUUCAUUUAAUGCAUAUGGCCUUCACAUUUCUGUAUAAUAAAGAUCAAUUAUUGUCUCUGGUA